AUGGAAAAGAAGGAGCUUUCCGAUCUAUUUAAACAGUACAAACCUAUCUACUUUGAGUAUGAAACACCAGACAAAAAUAAGUUCAAAGCGCAAAAACAAUUUGUGUUGACUUUUUCGAAUGCGGAAGACUCGAGUAAAGCGUGCGACGAUGUGAAUGGAACUUUCGUCGAUGGGAAAAAAGUCCGUGUAACGUUUUCGAAUAAACACACGAAGACCGCGUUCAUCCGGAAUUUGCCCGAAGACAAAACGGAAGACGAUGUCAAGAAACUUUUUGAAAAGUUUAACGUGACGACCGUUGUUAUGGAGAGUCCAACAUUUAAUGACAAACUAGUUGAUGUAAAAAUAGGCGUGAAGGACGAGAAGACUGCAAAUAGGAUUAUCAACGAUUUUAAGGAGAAAGAGAUUGGUGGGAAGAAAAUCAAAUUUGUAGUGUUACCAAAUUAUAAAGGGAAAAAGUGCUUUAAAUGUGGGAAGUAUGGUCAUAAAGGGAAAGAGUGCCCAGAAAGUCUUAAAAGUGGAAUGAAGGGGCGAAAAGGAAAGAAUAGAAAAGAAGAAGAUGAUGAUGAUGAAAGCCAAGAGGAAAAAGAGACUAAAAGAGGAAAGGGGCAAAUUAGAGAGAAAGACAAAAAGGAAAAGGUGUCAAAGAAAAUGUUCGACUUUUGA